GCGACCUCCAGCUGUCACCUCCCCACUGUGACCUUCUGCUGAGCCGGCAAUCCUUACUUUUAGUACGAAAAUACCCUCCGCAUUACAUAUACGCGGUCGUUUUUACCUGAGCUUUAGGAAGGGUUACACCGUAAUUUCAUAACAGUACAAGGGUGAUUUGGUGGGUUGUCCUUGUAUAUUUCCCUGGCAAGCACAUGGCUCCGCUCUCCUCUUUGUUUUCGUGCAUACUAUACAUUGGUGAUCGUAGGCAUAGAAGAAAGGAAGAGGAGCGGAGUGGAGAGGAAGACGCAAGUUUCAUAGUGUUUGCGAUUUGAGCUAACAGGAGAGCAAGAGGAAGAGAGCAGAGAUGGUGAAUUACUGGAAGUCUAAAGUCUUUCCGACGAUCAAGAAGGUGUUUGACAGGAACGGCAAGAAGGCUGCCGCCGCCGAGGCAUGCAAGUCCUUCGACGAAUCGAAGGAGGACAUCAGCAAGGAGUUCGAAGAGAAGAAGACUGACCUGCAGCCCAAAGUUGUGGAGAUCUACGAAGCUUCUGCCGUUGAAAUCAAGACUCUGGUGAAGAAACCGACGGGGUCAGGACUGAAGAAGAAAUCAACUGUUGUGAUCAAGUUCAUCGAGGAACUAGUGAAGAUCGGUAAUGCUUUCUCUGUCACAGAUGUUAUAGUUGUUUUGAGGUGAUAGCGGAAGGGCUUGUGAUGAGAUUAGAU